AUGCUUAAAGGUUUAAAAAAACCCCCACUUAUCAUUAGGAAGCUAAGACCGAAAAAAACAAAUAUAAAAACAGUAUUAUUAUAUUUAAAAAGAAAAAAAUGAAAAAAAAUAAAUAUUUCAAAUGAGGGAAAUGUCGUAUGAUAAAAUGCAUUCUGUGCAGCACCGUGACGCGCGUUUUGGGUGGAUUUACAUUUUGCACUUUUCAUUUUUAAAAUUUUCGUUUCCAAUUGAAGUAACGUAUUGAGAGGAUGCUGUACAAGUGUUUCCGGGUUUUUUAAGUUGCGUAGAUUCAAAUGAGAAAACUUCAAAGUUUUUUGAAUCUUUUUACCUCUUUUUUCGACGAGUAGAUUUUUCAAUUUUUUUUUUCUUGUCACUUCAUAAAAGCCUUUCAUAUGAAAGUUCUAGUUUCUUUUCAUUAAUUUAGAGAAAAAUAAAGCAUCUGGCGCGUUGCCAGUGAUUGAUGUGCGCGCGCAAGUUCGCUGUUCCUUCGUAUAUUGUAAACAUUGUCUCGAUUUCUUCGUUUUUAUUUUAUGCCCAAUUUUUCAGGUCCUCCUCGUUAAACUAUGGUUUAUAACAAUUCUAAGUGAUUCCACAUUAUAAUAAGGUAGGAAAAUGAGUGAUUUUCCGAGAAAAAAGGGUUUUUUUUAGAAAAUGUCUUGGCAACUUGUGAUCGCCGGCGUUUGUGUUCAUUUAAUUUUGAUUUAUUCAAUCUUCGACGUGUAUUAUACGAGUCCGGUUGUACAUGGAAUAGCUCCUCAGAGAGUUUCCAAUCUGGAUUCGCCUGCAAAACGGGUUUUUGUCAUAUCAGCUGGUUGGUUUUCAAAUAAAUGGUUAUUAUUGAUGGGUUUUGUGUGAGGAUUUUUUUGAAAAUUUGUAGAUUUUUCGAAGAAUUGUAUUUAUUUCCAUAUCACUACCUAAAUGAUAAUGUAAAAUGUAAACAUGUUCAAUAUAAUUCAAAAGGACUUAUAUAUUUAUAUUAAAACAGAAAAAAAGGAAACUGUUGUACCCACUAAAUUUCAUAAAUUUUUCAUAAAUAAAAAAAUUUUUCUGAGCAGUUUUUUUCGUGCCUAAAAUGAUUUUUUUAAAUGCUUAUCGUAUAGAUUUCUGUUUUUCCAGAUGGUCUCCGCUACGAUACUUUCAACAAUAAUCCAGAAAAAAAUCCAAAUAUCUUCAUUCUAUUAUUCAAGAUCGCAAGGUAAUUCUGGAAGAUCCAUUAAUUUUUUCUCAAUUUUUUUCCAGUCAAAUUUUUGAACUUUCCACAUUUUUUUAUAGGAUUACGUGAUUUUUUUAGGUGAAUUUCUAGGUUUUUAAUUAAUUUAAAAAUAGUAGAAUUUCUAGAAAUUAUAAUUUAAAAAGAAUAUUUUUUUAAGUUAAAAGGCGAAAAAAAAUGAGUUUUAACGGAAUCCAUAUAAUAAAAAAAGCGCUUCUGAAACGGUAUGAAAAAAAUUUCUCAAUUUUAAAAUCUAUCCUGUAAAAAUUAUAAUCACCGAAUGAAACAGAAAAGUCAUGUUCGAACAAAAAAAAUUUUUAAAAAAGAAAAAAUUUGACCAAAAUUCGCAUUUCAAAACAUUUUUUGCCAUUUUGGGGCAUUUCGGGCCUUUCCUACAGUCACAUCCCGACGGAAUCCCGUCCGGGACAUGUUGCGUUAUUCGCCGGGAUAACUGAGGAUAUCAGUGCCGUGGCGAAGGGUUGGAAGAAGAAUCCCGUCGAGUUUGACAGCGUUUUUAAUCGGUUCGUUUUAUUCUUUUUUUCGGAAAAGGACCCUUUAGGGGCCCAUUUUGGGUGCGAAAAGGUUUCCAUUAAUUGUUCCCAAAUGGUUUCCUUUUCACUGCCUUUUUCCACCUUUUCAUCGGCCUUUUUCUACCCUUUUUGGACCCUUUUGAGAAUCCCAAAUUUUUUAAAUUGAUAAUAAUUUUUACCAGUGACUGUGUAUGCACCAAAAUGUGCUACAGUAAUCAAAUCGGAAAUUAUCAAUGGCCGAGUUUUUUUUUCACCCUUUUUUUGCCCUUUUUCCGCCCUUUUUUGCCCCCUUUUUUCACCCUUUUUCCACCCUUUUUUCACCCUUUUUCCACCCCUUUUCCGCCCUUUUUUCACCAUUUUUUCGCCCUUUCUAGCCCACCAAGAAAGGCUCAAUAAAGGCCGCAAAACGGAUCCCUUUUAGCGGCCAUUUUGCACCCGUUUUCCAUUCUUCCGACUUUGGCAGUGUAGUUUUUUUCUUUGCAGUAACGUGAAAGGCAUCAAAAUGAACAAUAAAAAAACAUUUUUUUGUUGAAAAUCUGAUCAAAAAAAUUGAAAUUUCAGAUCAUUUUUUUGAAAAAAAUCGAAAAAAAUCGCAAAAAAAUUUUCGAAAAAAAUUUAUUUUUCUGAAUGAUCCUUAUAAUUUCUGACAUUAAAAAAAUUUUUUUCAAGUAUAUGAUCAAAAAAACGUUAGAUUUUUCUGGUCAUUUUUUUCAAAAUAUUGAGAAAUUGACGAUUUGAAGAAUAAUUCAUGAAGCAUCUGACCAAAAAAAUUGAAAUUUCAUGCCUUUUUUUCGAAGUUUGUAAAUAUUGGUUCAUUCUAGUUUCGUUAUAAUUCAUCUUAGAAACGCCAGAGUGGUCCCUAAAGGGGUUAGGGAGAAAAAAAACCCUUAAAGAGGUUAAAUAGCGCCCCCUAAAGGUUUAAAUUUAGGUGGUCCCUAUAGGGAAUUUUCAUUUUUUGUUAUGAUUCGAAGGAAAAAAAGGUAUAUUUUUUUUCAAGCCUUAGUGCCCCCUAUAGAGGGAAAAUUAAGUGGCCCCUAGAGGGAAACCUUCAAGGUCUUCUAAGGACGCCCCUUAAGGGAUCACUCUGAAGCUCCUAAGACUUGAAAACUGACUGAUUUUGUCGGGCGCUCUCUCGUUUCCACGUGCUUUUUGUCAUAUUUCUAGAACCGAUGAGGGAAAUAGAGAGUGCAGACAGGUCAGAGGGUUUCAAAUAGUGGCAAGCUUACUCAUUGAAUCAAUUAUAUGUCAUUUUGACUUUUUAUAGAUCCGCUGAAACAUGGAUGUGGGGUAGUCCGGACAUCGUCGAAUUGUUCGACAAUGUUCCCCACGUUCAUUCGUUUUCCUACUCAUCUCAGGAGGAGGAUUUCGCCUCGGAGGACGCCUCCAAACUCGAUUCUUGGGUCUUUGACAAUUUUGAGGUUCAUUUUUAGGAUUUAUAAAGAAUAAUUUCGUUUGAAAACGGCCGAAAAAUGGAAUUUUUUCGAAAAAAUGACGAAAAAAGGCUUUGAAAUUUAUUUUUUAAAGUGUCCUUACCACAGAAAAAUUGGAAAUUCCUAGGAUUUUUGCCUUAAAAUCGAGUUUUCAUCUUUGAAUCGAACUUAACUGCUUCAAAACGUCGGAAAAUUCGAUUUUUCGUGUUUUUUUAGACGUCAUUAGUUAAUUCAAAAGUGAAAGUGUUCCAGAAUGACUUUCAAAUUGACUUUUUUUGAAUUUUUUUAGAGCAAGUUUGAUGUAUUUCAAAACAAAAAAAUCGAAAAUUCUUACGAUUUUCGCCUUUAAAUAGAGCUUUACUGUGUGAAAAUGUCAAAAAAGGCGGUUUUUGGUAAUUUUUAAGCGGAAGUAUUCGAUCAAAAAGUAAUAAAAAGCUACAGAGUUGCUUUAAAAAUUCAGUUUUUUAUUUUGCAGGUGAUUAAGAAUGAAAUAAUGUUCAGAAAUUCAUCAAAAAGGCUGAAAACGACACGGAAUCAUCGGAAAAACUCCGAAAAGACGGCGUCAUUUUUUUCCUCCAUUUGCUGGGAAUCGACACGAAUGGACAUGGGCACAAGCCCCAUUCCAAGCAGUAUAUCGACAAUAUUCGGGGUUUAUUUUUUUGUUUUUCAGAAAAAGUGCAAGAAUUAUAAAGAAAAAUUAUGAAAAAAAUUUGAAAUUUUUUUCAUCGGAGAAGGGGGUUAGAGUGGUAAAAAAUCAAAAAUCUCAACUGGUAAGGCGAUUUUUAACACUUUUGAAUAGUAUUUUUUCUAAAAUGAGCUCUCGGAGAGUCCCCUUUAGGGACCACAUUAAAAAAACACUGUAGAGGCCACUAAAGCUUGCAAAAGUGGUCCCUAUAGGGAACAUGCAAGUCGAUAAUUGUUAUGAACUCUAAGCGAAGAAGCAUUUCUAUGGGAAAACAUUGAAUAAAUAGGCAUUUUUUUAAAAUUAAAUUGAAGGACUUCUUAAGCGACCACUUAAGGUUUAGGGGCUAAGGGAUCCGGGUCUAAACCACUAUAGGGACCACUCUGGAAAUCCUAAGCUAGUAGUCCCCAUACGUCUUUUUGAUGAGUCUCUUUAACUUUGAAAUCGAAACAGAAGUUUACAGGACCCUAUAGGGACCACUUGAGCUUUAGAAGCUUAGGACCCUGUCAGACCCUGAACCCCUAAAGGGACCACUCUGGAGCUAGUGUCCCCCCUACGUUUUUUUGAUGAGUCUCCUUAACUAUCAAAUUGAGUCAAAAAUUAAAAGACCCCUAUAGGGAUCACUAGGGCUUCAGAGGAUGUAGGGGUCAGACCCCAAAUCCCUAUAGGGACCACUUGACUUUUUGCCCUCUAGGGGUCAGUAUGUCGUCCACUGUAAGGUCCCUAACCCCUCUAGGGACCACUCCAGAAUUUUUUCAAGCGUUUAAAUGAUUCAUUCAUCAUGGGGUUGAGAAAAUAGAGAUUUUCGUGUGUUUUUUCGUUUCUUUGUUACAAUUUUGAAAAAAUAUAUCAAUUUUCUCAAAUUUUAGUUGUGGACGAAGGUGUUCGGAGGGUCCAGGAACUCGCCGACAAAUUUUUCGGAGAUCAAAAAUCGGCCUGGAUUUUCACUGGAGACCACGGAAUGACCGACUGGGGCUCUCAUGGAGCUGGAAGUGACGAAGAGGUCUCGCAGCGAAAACUACAGUAUCCUUCAUUUUUGCAUUUUCCAGGUUUUGACACCUUUUAUCGCCUGGGGAAGUGGAAUACGGAAAGGUGGCGCCAGGAUUUCCUUGGCUCAGGUAAAUUUUCCAUUUUGAAUGUUUUUUUAAUGUUCAAAGUGUUUAGAAAAUCUUAAAAAUACCAUUUUUCAUGAGAUUUUCACAUUUUUUAGACAUUCCUUUCGAUUUUUCAGUCUUUAGGUGCCAAAAAUUAAUAAUUUCAAAGUUUUUUUACAUCUUAAAAUUAUUAGAAACCACACGGAAUGGCUUCUUAAAAAGCGUUGCGGUUCGGUGCGAAAUUUGAAAAUGGCCCAAUAUCUGCGCCCGACCUUGAGCGACUUUGACCUUAGCCUUUAAAAUGCCUUUUGAGGCUGCUUAGAGAAGCCAGAGGGGUCCCUAAAGGGGUUAGGAAAAACAGUUUUUAUAGAGAUAAAAUGAGGUGGUCCCUUUAGGGGUUUAGGGUCUGACCUCUCAGCUUCUAAAAGUUAAGUGGUCCCUAUAGUGGUCUUUCAACUUUUGGCUCAGAUUCAAAAAGCUAAAACGGCCUCUAUAAGGCUGAAAUUGAAGUGUUUUCUACAGGGGUUUAAUGUCUGACCCCCCUCCCAGCUUCUAAAGCUUAAGCGGUCCCUAAAGUGGUCUUUCAAUUUUGGUUCAGGUUUUAAAGAUAAAAAGACAUAUAGAAACCACUAGCGUGCUCCCCUAGAGUGGCCACUUCUGCAAGCUUAGUGGCCCUUUUUAGGUGGUCCCUAUAGGGGUUUAGAUUCUGACCUCUCAGUCUUUAAAGCUUAAGUGGUCACUAUAGUGGUCUUCUAACUUUUGGUUCAGAUUUUAAAGGGAAACAGACGUGUAGAAAUGAUUAGUAUGCUCCCCUAGAGUGACCACUUUUUCAAGCUUCACUGCCUCUUUUAGGGGAAGGUAGAGUGGUCCCUAGAGGGAACCUACAAAAGCCUUUGACCCUCUAGGGAUCACUCUGGCGUUCCUCAGUUUUCCUGAAAUUUAAUGAUCCCUCUAGGGAUAAAAUUGAGGUGGUCCCUAUAGGGGUUGAGGGUCCGAUUCCUCAGCCUCUAAAGCUUGAGUGGUUCCUAAAGUGAUUUUUCAAUUUUCAGUUUUUUUAAAGAUUAAAAGACGUGUAGAGACAACUAGAAAGCUUCCCUAGAGUGGCCACUUUUUCAAGCUUUAGUGGCCCGUUUAGGGGGAGGUAGAGUGGUCCCUAGAGGGAACCUAUAAGAGCAUAUGAGAACUAAGAUUGACCCUUUAGUGGCCACUCUGGCGUUGCUUAGCAGCUUUUUUCGCGUGUCUGCAUCUCUCUGUUCCCUCACCGACGAGGUCAGAGAAACAUGAAAAUAGCACGUAAACUUGAGAGGGUCGCCGAGAGAUGAGGAGGGCGCAGAGAAGUCCAGCCCUUUCAAAUCGCAAAAAAUGGACUAUGGACGCAUAAAAAGAACUAUAGUCUGGUCAGAUUUCGAAUGUCAAGAAGAAUGACGUCAUCCGAAAACGCCCUGUAGAUGGCUCGCUCUCUGAUUGGUUUAUUGCGUCAUUAGGGGCGGAGCUUCAGCGAGGACUUGACAUUUGAAAUGGGGACUUUUUAAGGCAACCGCCACGCGUCGAGCCAUUCCAAAUGCGGCUUAGAAAUUCUCACAAAAGGAAUUUUUCAGAUCGACGUGACCCCCUUGAUAUCUUCCCUAAUUGGAAAAGCUGUCCCGGUGAAUUCGAUGGGAGUUCUGCCGGUCCAGGCCAUGCAGGCCGACCCGCAGUUCACUUUUCGAGCCGUUUUGUCCAAUUUCCUGCAGGUUUUCAAUGUUUUUUUUUGUUAGGGAAGUCAUUUUUGGCUUGAAAUUUGUGAAAAUCGAUUUUUUAAAGUUUAAAAUUUACAUUUUUUGAGAAAAAGGGCUCAAAAAAGCAUCUGAAUCCGGAAAAAUGGGUCAUUUUCAAGAAAAUCAGUGGUUCUUUGGUACCCUAAUGGGUAUAGAGGAUUCUGUCAUAUUUUUGGAAAAUGCCUCAGAAUCUUCAGAGUGGUCCCUACAGGGGUUAGGGGGAAAAACAGACCCUAUAGGGGCCAGAAAGUGCUCCCUAUAAUGGUGAAACUGAAAAAUCCCUAUAGGGGCCACUUUUGCGAGCUUUAUUCGCCCUUAUAGGGGGAGCUAAGUAGUGCCUUAAGGGAACCUUUCAACGGUCCUAAAGGGGUCACUUUUGCAAGCUCAAGUGACCCCUAUAGGGGCAGCUAAGUGGUACCUUAAGGGAACCUUCAAGGGCCCUAUAGGGGCCACUUUUGCGAGCUGAAGGGACCCAUAUAUGGGAAGCUGAGGGGUGCCUUAAAGGGAAGCUUCAACGGCCCUAUAGGGGUCACUUUUGCAAGCUCAAGUGACCCUUUUAGGGGGGAGCUAAGUGGUCCCUAGAGAGGACCCUUCAAGGUCCCCAAUCUUUGCCCCUGUAGGGCUCACUUUGGAGUUAUGAAGCUCUUGAUAGUUUCCUACCGAAAAUCCCUUCAUUUUUAGUUGAAAGCCCAAGUGACGGCCCUUCGGAACGAAAAAUCGAACCGUUUUUGGUUCCAACAGUACCCGAAUUUUGGCGACAAGGCAAUGGACUCCUUGGAGAGCGAAAUGGUCAAAUUGGCCAAGGCUAGGUUGGAAAAAAUGACUUUUUAUAGGGCAAUUCGAAGGCGGAAAGAUGAAUUUAGAGUCAAAAAAUUGAAGAAAAAUUUGAAAUUUUGAGAAAAAAAUUGGAAACUUUCAAAUUUCAAUCAUUCAGCUCACUACAGGGAAGCUUCGAAAUCGAUUUUUAGGCAAAUAUUUAAAAAAAAGUGAUUUUUUUGAAGAAUUUUUAGUCAUUUUUUAGUUAUUUUCCAAUUUUUGGAGGCCCUUGAAGGUGAAAAAUAAGCCUGUAGCUCUCAAUUUGAACUAAAAAAAUGCGAAAAAAAAUUGUUUAGAAAAAAAAGCCAUAAAAAUUGCAGCAUCUGUGCUCCAUGGAUAAUUAUCAUUGGAGCGCAUUUUUCCUGAUUUUUUUCAAAUCUUUUCUUUUUCAAAGCUUUUCUAAGAAUAAAAACAAUGGAAUUUUCGAUUUCAGGCGAUAUUCGGUCGCGAUAUCGCUCUUUUCCGAGAACGCGAUGCAGCUAAAAUCGGCGAUCAUGUACUAUCAUCGUUAUGAUCGCGCUUUUCUGGGCUCCGCCGUUUCUGCGUUAUUCAUUUCCUGGAUUUCUUUAGUCAUUUGCUAUUUAUACAGGUUUUUUCUAAGGAUAGUUAAGAAAAUCUCUAAAAAUAAUUGAAGGUACCCCGAAGAAAUGAGCCUCGACAAGGCCUUUCUCACGCCGAAACCGUAUUUUUGGCCCAUUUUCGUCUUUUUCACCUUUUUCUGCUUCUACUGCAAAAUUUCCCUCUCCCAGUCGAUUUACGUCCUCCUACCUGUUUAUAUAUUCGCCUUGGUCGAAAAUGGAAGUCAGGUGAGUAGAAAAAAAAAAUUCAUUUAUGAUUUUGUGAAAAAAAAAAUGCGACUUUUUGGCUGCCAGACGCACUUAGAAUGAUUCAAAAUGUCAUUUCGCGCAAACCGUUUUGAGUCGGGUACACUUUGAAAAAAGCCCUUGGAGAGCCAUUCCAAGUGAUAAGAAGGAUUUUGGCGCGAAAAAUAGCCGCGAUUUGGGAAAUUAGGCCUCGGCUUUUUUCUGUCGCUAAGCUGCAUGAAAACCCUUUAAAAACAACUGUGGCCUAAUUUUCCAAAAUGCCAUUGCGCGCAAACCGUUUUCGGUCGGGUUCACUUUGAAAAAUGCCCGCUACGCAUAGGCAGCCAUUCCAAGUGCGGCCAGGAGACCUCAAACUUCCAAAAAAUUUAAUAUUUGAUCAAUUUUCCAUUUCAAAACCUAUGCUUACAGUCAUGAUUCCAAGAGCACCCGACCCAAAACGGUUUGCGCACAAUGGCGUUUCAAAUCAUUCUGAGUGAAAGAUAAAUAAAUUUUAGAGAGUUAGAGAUAAUUUUGAAUUUUUUAAGAAUUACUUCAAACACGGAAUGAGUUGCAGGCAAGAUUUUCAAAAAAUAAGAAAAUUAACCCCGAUUUUUCUAGAAACAGUAAAAAUAGAUAGUCGUCUUUAAUUAGAGAAAGUUUUAAAAAAAUUGUUUUUUUCGGUUUUUCAUGAAAUAAUGUCUGUAGGAACAUUUAAAUUCGAAAUAAUUAACCCUGAAUUUUUUUAGAAACAGGAAAAAGAAACAUAGUCGUCUUUAUUUUUAAAAAUCCUUGAAAACUUUUUUUCUUCUUUUUGUAGUUUUUCCAAUUUGAAAGAACAUUAAAAUUUGGUUUUUUUCUAUCAUUCUUGAUCCGGAAAAUUUCAGAUUUCUUCAGUACUUAUCCUGAAAAAUCCGCCAAUUUUUCAUCCAAAAAUCGAAAAAUCCAUCGCUUGAUUUUUUUGACCAAGCCCUUGGUGGUUCUUUUUCAUUUUUCAGUGAGUUUUUUUCGAUUUUUUUUUUUUUUUCUUGGUAAAUAUCCUUUUUAAAAAAAAGAUACGACUUGUUCAGGCAUAGUGAUAUGCGUCUUCGUCCUGACUUUCCUCGAUCGCCGAUUUUUUUAUCCUUGAUUUUUUUCUACUUCUCGGCUUUUUUUCCCAGCCCUUUACGACUCGGAAUUGGUCAGCAAAUGGUUGGUUUUAUUUUUACAGGGGCCUUGAAAAACAUAUUUUCGCAAGAUUGUCGAUUUUUAGUUAUUUUUUACUAUCUGAAACUUGAAAAAAAUCUCAAAAUUGUCUUUUUGAAGUGUUCCGGAUCGUGUUUCUAAUGAAAAAAAUCACUUUUUUCCCACUGAAAAUUGAGUUUUUUGUUCAUAAAAUCGAUCAAAAGCUGAAAAUUCACCUGAAUUUCAAAAAAAUUCGAACGAAAAAAAUCUUUUCUUUUCUACUGAAAAUUGAACUUUUUGGCUGUGAAAAUAGGCGAAAGCCCACUAAAAAGCUGAAAAUUCACUUGAAUUUCGAAAAAUUGAGCUCUAAACCAAGAUAUUUUCAUUGGAAAUCGAUUUUCGUUACUCUGGAGGCUAGUAUACCUUCUGAGACUCAAAAAAUCUCAAAAAUGACCCUUUUUAAAGCUUUCCGGAUCGUUUUUUCAAUGAAAAAUCGCUUUUUUCUAUUGAAAACUGAGUUUUUCGGUUUUAAAAUUAGGUGAAAGGUUUCCGAAAACGUCUAAAAAAGGCAUUUUUGAUCAGAAAAGGGUUUUCAGUUUUCAAAAAUACUAUUUUCGGUUCAAAUAAUCAAUAAUUUUCAUUUUUUGGUUUUCAGAACAUUUUUUGAGCCUCAAAUCCUUGUAGCUGAGAUUUUUUUAACGAAAAAAAUCGCUAUAUUCUGCUUAAAAUUGAGUUUUUUUGUUCGUAAAAUCGGGUAAAAGCUCUUUGAAAAAGCUCGAAUUUAAUCUCUUAUUUUAAAAAUUUUUUUCCAAUUCGAUUUCCAUAACACUUUUUUGAGCCUCUAACCUUGUAGCUUAAUUGUAUUUUUAUUGAAAAAUCGCUAUUUUUUCCUUAAAGUUUAGUUUUUUGUCCAGAAAUUAGGGUAAAAACUUUACAAAAACCUAAAAUUUCAUCUCUAAUUUUCCCUAUUUGAUAGCCAAACCGUAUUUUUAUACAAAAAUCGCUAUUUUUUUCCUUAAAAUUGAAUUUUUCUUCAUGAAAUUUGGCAAAAGCUUCCUGAAAAGUUGGAAAGGCUGUCAAAAAAAUCAAUAAAUCAAUAAUUUAUCGAUUUCCAGGACGAACAUCUGGCGCCUGAAUUGUCUCCUCCUGAUGCCUUUUCCAUUUUUCCCGCCAGUGGGAGUCUCGACCUUCGCGACUCUUUGUAUCAUCUCGCCGGCCAUUCUGGCUUUUGCCUGCUAUCGAUUCUCCACAAAACCGAUCCUGUCCCGACUUUCCCCGGUUUUCCGCCAGUUGGCAUGGAUCCUAGCGGCGACCGCCGGAUUCAUCCUCGUCGUUCACUUUUUUGAGAGGGUCAGUGAGGGUUUUGAACUUGAAAAUUUCAAUUUCUCUGGUUCUCCCUUAUUUUCAUGCUGUUUUGCCUUUCUCUAACUUGAAUGGUGAGGGAAAGAGAGCACAGACAGGUCAGACUGUCUCAAUUCAUCCAGAAUGAAUUUUAACUCGAAAAUUGAACUUUUGCGCUCUAGUUUUAGCUACAAAUUCAUUAUAUGUGAAAAUUCGGCCUUCGAAAGUCAAUAAAAAAUUAGUUUUCCAUAUUUUUUUAAUGAUAGAGAGGAUUUUGGCGCCAAAAAUAGCCGCGAUUUGGAAAACUAGGCCUCGGGUUUUUUUUCUGUUACUAAAAUCCAAGAGAAAGAACGAAGGCCUAAUUUUCCAAAUCGCCGAUCAUUUUGAAUGUUUUUUCCCGCCAAAAACUCAAUGGGUCGCUAAAUUUCACUUAGGAUAGCCAGAGUGGUCCCUAUAGGGGCAAACUUAGGGACACUGAAAGGUAACCCUAUAGAGACUACUUUUUUUUUCCUAUGGGGGGCCACUAAAGGUUGCAGAAGUGGUCCCUAUAGGGGAGCAUGCUAGUGGUUCCUAUACAUCUCUGUAUCUUUCGAAUCGUAAGAAAUAGAAGACCUCUAAAGGGACCCCUUAAGUUUCAGAGGCUUAGGGGUCUUAUCCUGAAAUCCUAUAGGGACCACUUAAAUUUCAGCCCUUAAGGGAGCUCUCUUUUGUCCCAUGUAUGGGCUGAUUUUUCUCUGACCCCUAUAGGGGGACCGCUCUGGCGCUUCUAAAACCGGGAAAUUCAAUUUUUUUCAAAGAGUCAAGCUUGAACUUUCAAUUUAUAUUCAAAAAAAAGAACCAAAAUGCCUCAUAAAUCUUUUUUUUUCAGCCCCCAGCCGUGGCCCGAUGGAUCUCGUGGCUUUCGAUCCCCUUGGCCCUCAUCCUCCCAUUUUUCUCCUCUUCUCACAUCGUCGACCGGCUGAUCGUCUUCUCCGGAGCCUUUUUCGUGCCUUAUUCCCUGCUUUCCAUCAACUACGAAUCCCUUUUCACCCUCCUCUUCAUGCCAAUCGUCGCCAUGUUCGUCCGUUUCGAAUUCGCCCAUCUGUCGGAUGUCGACUUCUUGCAGUUGAACUUGGAAAAAGCUGGUGAGGGAGUUUUUUUUAGGGUGGUUUUUAGUGAAAGCUUAAAAAAGUAAGAGAAAAAAACCAGGUCGAAUAGCUCCAAUCCAGACGCUGUAACACGUAGAAAAUGUAAAUCGGCUUGAUAGGCAGGCUUAAAAGUUGCACCCGACCCGAAACGAGUUCCGCGCAAGGGCGUAGGAAAACAUCACAACUAGACAAAACUUCAAAUGAAUCUCGAAAAGUAUAUCGAAAAUAAAAACCCUAGACUGAAAGUAUUGGUAAACAGAGACUCAAAAAGUUGCACCCGGCCAGAAACGACUUCCGCGCAGAGGCAUUAGGAAUCAUUUAAUCAGCUGAAAGUCGUUUCGAAGGAUGUAAUAAAGAUAAAUCUAAGAAUCGGUCUCGAAAAAGAAUAUCAGGAAAAAAGCCUGAAAAUAUUAUAUCGUCUUUAAUUUUGACAUUUUUUGGAAUAUGUCGCAAAAAUAUUGAAGAAAACUGUUUUUUGUGAAAUUUAAAAUCGAAAGCGAGAGAUCAGUGCGACUUGAAGAGACGCCAGAGAAGCUAGGACACUCUCCUUCUCUGACUUCUCUUCAGGCGCCAGCGAUCUCUCUCUCUCAACUGAAAAAUUUCAAACACGGGUGAAAUCAAAUUUUUUUUUGCACGACGAUAAAUACCAGAAUUUGCUCAAUUUCCAGCCAAUCCAAAACGUCAAAAAGUUGGUUUGGCCGAACUUCGAAGGGCUGUCAUUUGCGUCGCUUUCGUUUUUUCGUCGCUUUUCGGGACGGGAAAUUUCGCCUCGAUCAAUUCGUUCAAUCCUUCGACUUUGAAUCGAUUCAUUUCGGUUUUCAGGUGUGUUUUGUAGAUCUAAAAUAAAUAGGCGCUUGAAAAAUAAUAAUUUCAAUGCAAGUUUGGUUUGUUAAUGUAUUUUUCAACCUUUAAUGGGUAAGCCGGAAAAAAAACCAGUCGAAAUUGGUUGAAGCGAGAGAUCAAGGCGUCUAAAGAGACGUCAGAGAAGGAGAGUUUUCUAACUUCUCUGGCCUCUCUCAUGAUCGAAUACUAUUUCUUGUCGAGAAGCUUUUUAAGAAAAGCGAGAGAUCAGAGCGUUCUGAAGAGACGUCAGAGAAGUCAGAACACUCUCUUUCUCUGGCGUCUCUUACGCUGUCUUUGUCUCUCGCUCGAAUUCGUUUUGGGCCAUUUUUUCAGCCUUGAUAGAAUUAAAAACCUUUUUUUGAAAAGCGAGAGAUCAGAGGGUCCCGGAGAGACGCCAGAGAAGUUAGAGCACUCUCUUUCUCUGGCGUCUCUAAUGGCUGCCGUUGAUCUCUUGCUCAAAUUCAUUUUUAGUCCAUUCACGAUGGCUCUUCUGCUCGUUCUGAAACUUCUGAUUCCGGUGUUGAUGACCUCCUUGGCCAUGUCGGCCAUUGUCCGGUUCGAUAAAGACGCUAUCCAAAGACUAUGCUGCGUCGUCCUGGUUAUUACCGAUUUCAUGUCUUUGGUGAGUUUUUAGGGCUGGAAGAUUUGUCAGAGGUUGAAAAUUCGGAUUUUUUGGGUCGUAUAAGGAGUAAAUCAUGAAUGAUUUGAAAUUGUAUGAUUUUCUUGGCGGGGCGGUCGCGAUGCGGUUUAUCUGAUGAAAAAAUUAUCUGAUUUUUGAAUAUUUCUCAAGUUCUCAUUGAACAAAGAUAUGAAAUACUUUCCAAAAAGAUUCUUUAAAAAUUUUUUUGAAGAAAGGAAUUUUAAUGAAGUUAUAAGAUUCGAAUUGGCGCCGAAAACGCGUUGUACCCAUGAAAAUCUUGAUCAAAACGACAUAAAAUGGUUAAUUUCAACAUUUCAAGCGUUUUUUCUCAAUCCAUCUUCAUAAAAGCAUCAUUUUAUUCAAGAAAAAAAAGUGGCAAAAAUAAAUUGCACUCGAAAGGAUUCGAACCCGCGUCGUGGGUUCAACGGCACAAGGCCACUAGCCACUACACCACGCCGCCUGCUGGCAGCUGGAGUUAGCCGCCGCCAUAAAUUCCCCCCUCCUAUCGAUUGCGUGCACACUUUGAAGCGCCAUAACUCGACUAGAACCAAAAAUUCGCACUUUUUCAAACUUUUUUGGAUUCGGGGUGUUCGAAAGUACCUAUAUACCAAGUUUCAUCGGAAUCCAAUAUCUCGAACACUUCCCAUUGAACAAAAAACGCAUCAUUUCAUGGCGUUUUUGUUAGUGGAAGAAAAUACAAAAUUGAAAAAUUAAGAAGCGUGGUCAAAAUCUACGCCGUUCCCAUUUGACGUCAUGGGAAAAACGCGUAAACAAUAGGAAAUAUUAAAGGCGCAUGUGCAAUGGGUCCUGAGAAGAAUCGAUUUCACAUUUUAAAAACGCGAUUUUUCUGUUUUUUUAAAGACAUGCCGUGUUGAGAGUAGUUCCGCGAAAUUCAAAAUAGCCACCAGAGAGUGAAAAGUAUGACUGAAUUUCAUUUCGCACGGCGUUUUUUUGCCAUUUUUUCCGUAAAAUGUAGUGUGUCUUGUGCAUACACUGCGGCGCUCUAGCCCACGCCGAGUUCAACGUAAUUUUCGCGAAAUCACUCUCAACACAGCAUGUGUUUUAAAACAAAAAAAAAAAACAGAAAAAUCGCUUUUUUUUCAAAUGAGAAAUAGAUUCGUCUCGGGACCCAUUGAACAUGCGCCUUUAAUAUUUCCUGUUGUUUACGCGUUUUUCCUAUGACGUCACAUAGGAACGGCUGAGGUUCUGACCACGCCCUCUUAAUUUUUGGUUUCGCAUUUUCUUCCACUAACAAAAAAGCCAUGAAAUGACAAGUUUUUCGUUUAAUGGGAAGUGGUCGAGAUAUUGGAAUUCGAUCAAACUUGGUAUAUAGGUACUUUCAAUCACCCUGAAUCCAAAAAAAUUCGAAAAAAGUGCGCCUUUUUGAUUCUAGUCGAGUUUUUUUUCUGAUUUUCUCCCUCUAAGCCUUUCUGUUGAUGGAGUCAAGCCGCAACGCUUCAAGCCAUUCCAAAUUAUGAUCAUUUCCAGUGCUUCUUCCACCAAUUGCGCGACGAAGGCAGCUGGCUCGACAUCGGGAUGAGCAUCUCCCAGUACAUUGUCUCCAUGUGCAUUUCCUUGGCUCUUCUCGUUUUGCUCUUUGUUUCCUCCCACAUGAUGACUUUGAAAUUGUCUUCUCCCAAAAACGUGUACCUUUUUAAAUCCAAACGUGUGCCUUCCCCUUCACCGUGA